AUGCGCGGCACCACACUCAAGGAAAAGGAGAAUGCAGGGUUAAGGCAGCCACUGCGUACGCAGGCUUCCGGAGCACCAACGGCCGCGAAAGGAGUCCCCAAAGCCCCCACAGCGGGCAGCGCACUUCCCGAAAGCUCACUCCACAAAUACGGGCCAUCCGCUCUCAAGAAGGUGGCGAGCGCUCAACAAGGGAAACUUCCGCUGUCGCCAAAGUCAGGACAUCCCAAUGAAGCUCAAAGCCGCCCGGCUCCUCUGCAACAGUCACAGCUUGCGAAUGGAAAUAAUGGAAUGCAUCGAUCGACUGGAGGGGGUUAUGGAUCCCCAAAGGCGGCGAGACCAAAUGAGAACGCGAGCGCGGGCGCUGUGGUAAAUCAGGGACAUGCGGAGCGUGAAUCGUCCAGCAGCAACGGAUCAGACGGAAAGAAAUGGAACCUUGACGAUUUCGACGUAGGGAGAGCUCUCGGCAAGGGAAAAUUUGGACGCGUCUACUUGGCCCGUGAGAAGCGGAGUGGAUUUGUGGUCGCUCUGAAAAUCCUCUUCAAGCAUGAGUUAGCGACGGCGAGAGUGGAGAAGCAGUUACGACGUGAAAUUGAGAUUCAGUCGCACUUAAGGCACCCCAAUAUCUUGCGGCUGUUUGGCUAUUUCUACGAUGCCAAACGAGUUUACUUGAUUCUCGAGUAUGCGGCAAAGGGAGAGCUCUACAAACAGUUGAGGAAAUACAGCCGAUUUCCAGAGAAUCGAGCAUCAAAGUAUAUUGGUCAGAUGGCGAGCGCACUUGGGUAUUUACACAAGAAAAACGUCAUCCACCGUGAUAUCAAGCCAGAAAACCUGCUUCUGAGCAUGAAAGGGCAGCUCAAAAUCGCUGACUUUGGAUGGUCCGUCCACGCUCCCAACGCCCGCCGACAGACCCUCUGUGGAACUCUCGACUACCUUCCCCCGGAGAUGGUCGAAGGCCGCGAACACACCUCCGCCGUCGAUUUGUGGUCUCUCGGCGUCCUCAGCUACGAGUUUCUCGUUGGCGUUCCACCGUUCGAGGACCACACGUCGUAUCGAGCGACCUAUAAACGUAUCGCCCAGGUGGAUCUGAAGUUUCCUGCGUACGUGAGUAAGGAGGCUGAGGACUUUAUCAGAAAGCUGCUGCAAUACGUCCCAGAGAAACGUCUUCAGCUACCCGCCGUCAUCAGACAUCCUUGGCUUACCCGAUACAAUACGGCACAAGAGUUGGGACUGGAUGCCGCCGAAGGCGCUAUGCUAGGAUGUCCAGCCGUCCCCAAUGAUGAUUGA